AAUGAGUUAGUUAACGGAAAGUCCAAAUAGAUUAAAUGAAUAGCAGAGUAUUCCUCAUGAUGAAAUAAUUGAUAAAUCAUAAAAAUUAGCAACAUCCUCUCCAGAUAAAGAGAACUCUUAAGAAUUGUUUAGAUUGUAGAAAUAAUAAUUCUUACAAAAAAUGACUUAAGACAAUUCAACAAGACGUUAAAAAAAAGUAAUAAAUUUUUUUUAAUUAUUCUUAGAUAAUUGGAGAUAUUAAAGAUGUAGUUAAUGUGAAUAAACAAAUUGUUAAUUUUGGAUUGGUAAUACCUGGUAAUAUUUGUGAAGAUGAUAUAUAAUUUUAAAAUCUAUCCAAUGAGACAGUUAUAAUAGGCAUAUAAGUAAUAUGCAAUAAUACAGAAUUUGAUGAUCUAGAUGAAUAUGUUUAUUCAGCUAGAAAAUUAAAUGGAUAUGAUUAUAAUGAUCGUUUCAUGUUAGCAUGUCCAGCUCAAAAACAAUUCUCUAUGAAAAUAGCUUUAAAGGUUCCUAACAUUAAAGAAUAGAAAGGACUUUUUGGUACUAUAAUAAUUACAGCCUCUUAUUCUAAUCAUUCAAAAAUUUAGGGUCAAAUUAAUACUUAAAUUUAAAGUCAAAUUACACUUCCUUCUAUUGAAUGUCCAAAAACAUUAAUGAAUUGUAUAUUUCAAUCAAUAAAUUAGCUGCAUAUAAUCUACCUGUAAUUCAAAUGGCAUUUAAAUUGGGUAAGAAAUUAGAUUGCAAAAUUCCCUUUAGGAAUAAUAGUUUAAUAGGAUUACCACUUGAAAUGGAAUUUCUGAAUAAAAAUGAUAAUGAAAUACUUAUCAAUCCUCCAACUCUAUCUGUAUAGGGGAAUUCUUAAUUCUUAGUUACAAUCUAUAUCAAAAGCAAACAAGAAUAGAUUAUUAAGAAUGUUUUAAUAGUUAAAGUUAAAAAUUCCAAUGUUCAUUUUAGUUAUCCAUUUAUUAUCAAAAUUUAUUGA